AUGACUUUGAUACCAGCUCACGCCAGUGUGUUACUCCUGUUUGUAGUAGCAGCAACCCGAUAUUCGCACGCAGCCGACAGUGAAGCAUUAAAUUUAGCUGAACUAACCACGGUGUGCUCCCUAAUAAAAAUAGCCAACGACGAUGGCACCGACAUGCCAACAGCCCAGCUCGAAACAGAUGAAAUCGCCGCUAUCAACGAAGUGAACUUUUCGUUAGCAGAUGACUAUUGGACUAAGGCCUUUCCGACGGACGGCAUCAAAACCAAGGCCGAAGCCAAAGGAUGUGAGGACGUCCAAUCGAAAGACAGCUGCCAGGAACAAUGGCUGGCAUGGCAACACAUAGCGCAUUCCUUAGCAAACAAAGACAAAAACAAUAAGGCUGCAAAAAUCUCACCAAUGCAAAAAACGAGCAGCGUAGGCCGGGCAGCCGCAUUAGCUGCAGCAGCAAUAGCAGCUGAGGCGGCAACACUUCAGGCAAGAUUCGAUGCGGAAAGUAGACCAGCACUAACAGACCUGAAACAGAAAGUGCUGGACGAUCUAAAAACAGCAGCGUACGGCGCAGGGAAGGCUGAAACUUUAGCAGAAAACAAAUGCCCGGGGGCAAAAGGCGGCAACAGGGCCGCUGACUGUAAAGUAGCCACAGCAGGCAACGCUCUUUGCAUAGUUUCGGUGUGUCUGUGUGCAAAAAACUCGGGGGACCAGCCCAACACCGAUGUCUGCGGAGCGACACUAACACAGGAUGUUACGUCUUGGAAUGAAGCCGGCGUCAAAGCAGCGUAUAGGGAACUUGAACCGCACUGCCUAAAGAUGCCGUCAGUCAAACCAACAGGGGCCAACAUACGCAGUUUACUAGCGCAGCUCAAAGGGCUCUACAAGACAAAGGGAGGUGGCAGCGGCAAAAGCGUAAUUCUGGGGACAGCGGGCACCAACCACGACUGCCGGGCGGAAGCGAGCGCCGCUUGUGUAGACAUGAGCGCAUCAACCCUGCUGGCAGCAACAGGCACAGCAACAAAGAUACAGUGGGAAGAGAAGCUAUUAGAAGCAGCCAAUAAACUGGACGCAGCAUCAGAGGCAGCGACUGUCGCAAAGGUAAUAAACACCAAGCUGAAAGCAUUGCGCGCCAAAGCUGACAAACUUUACUCGCAUUUAGCUUUAACCAAACCCCCCAUAGCGUCACAAGAAAUAUUGACACCAGCCAACAAGGACCAAGCGAACAAUAUCAGCAAAGAUUGUGAAGCAAUAGUUAUCCCCGAAGAAUGCAGCCUAAAGUCAGAAUGUGAAUGGAAUGAUAAGGCUACAGAAGGAGAGAAAAAGUGCAAAUUGAAUACAACAAAAGUCGGACAAGCGAAAACCCAAGCGGGAGAAACAAAAGGAAAUGAACAAACAGCAACAGAAAAAUGUACAGGCAAAGUGGAGGAUGUUUGCAAGAAGGAAGCUGGUUGCAAAUGGGAAGAAAACAAAUGCAAAGAUUCCAGUUUUCUCCCCAAUAAGAAAUUGGCUCCGAGUAUGGCUUCUGCUUUUGUGAUUUGGUAG